CAUCGCGACCGGUCUCAGUCUCCCUCGCUUGCCGCCUCGGCACGGUACGUUCUCGGUGCGAUGGCGACGAAAAACACGAUGCUGGACUCGGAUUGUAUGACCCUGACGAGAUUCGUGCUGGCGGAGCAGCGUAAGGUGCCGACCGCGACCGGCGACCUCAGCCAGCUGCUCAACAGCAUACAGACGGCCGUGAAGGCCGUCAGCUCGGCCGUGAGGAAGGCCGGCAUCGCUAACAUGUACGGUAUCGCUGGCAACACCAACGUUCAGGGCGAGGAAGUGAAGAAGCUGGACGUCCUGAGCAACGAGCUCUUCAUCAAUAUGCUGACGUCCUCCUUCACCACGUGUGUCCUCGUGAGCGAGGAGAAUCAGCACGCCAUAGAAGUAGAGACGGAGAAGCGCGGCAAGUACAUCGUGUGCUUCGACCCGCUCGACGGCUCGUCCAACAUCGACUGUCUCGUCUCGGUGGGCUCGAUAUUUGGAAUUUACAAAAAAGUCGAACAAUCCGAUGCGGCUCUUCAACCAGGGCGGAACCUGGUCGCAGCGGGGUAUGCUCUCUAUGGCUCGGCGACCAUGAUAGUGCUCUCCAUUGGCCACGGCGUUAACGGAUUCACGUACGAUCCGGCCAUCGGGGAAUUUAUACUGACCGAGAAGAACAUGCGUCUGCCUGCCAGGGGCGAUAUAUAUAGUAUUAAUGAAGGCCACGAGAGUGCGUGGGACUCCUCCAUUAAGGAAUAUAUACGCACGAAGAAAUACCCCGUGAGUGGAAAGCCAUAUAGCGCCAGGUACGUGGGUUCCAUGGUCGCCGACGUGCACCGAACAAUCAAAUAUGGCGGUAUCUUCUUGUAUCCCGCGACCAAGAGCAAUCCCAAUGGCAAGCUACGACUGUUGUACGAGUGCAUACCAAUGGCCUUUAUAAUCAAGGAGGCCGGCGGUCUCGCGACAAACGGAAAAAUUGAUAUUCUGGACAUCGUGCCGGAGAGCAUUCAUCAGAGAUCUCCCAUUUUCUUAGGCUCCAAGGACGACGUCGACGACGUGAUGGAUUGUAUAAAAAAUAGUCAGUGAGGCAAUCUCGUAAAAAUGAGAGCGCGCGAUCUCUAUCGAGCGAAUACUUAAAUAUGUCUCUAUUGACAUCUCAGGUUGUUGCCCGACAAAAUUGUACAAUAAACAUGUUUCUUUUUCUACCGAACAGCCAGUGAUUAAUAUUGAUGUCAACGAGUAAUUUUAAGUAGUUUUUGCUGCGCAAUAUCAAUAAAUACCUCGGACAAU